CCUACACCAGAAUUUUCAAACAAAAUUGAAGAAAUCGUUAAAUCUAUCAGUCAAUUAACUUUAAUAGAAGCAUCUGAAUUAGUAGAUGCAUUAAAAACUCGAUUGAAUAUCACUGAGAUUGCUGCACCGAUUUCUCAUUCAGUAAACGAAUCUAAACCGAUCGAGUCUCAACCUUCUACACCAAUCGAAGCUGAAAAACCAAAAGAAAAAACUACAUUUAACUUAACUUUAACCAAGAUUGAUGCUACUCAAAAAGCUAAAGUGAUUAAAGAAGUUAAAACGAUUAUGCCUAAUAUGAAUUUAGUAGAAGCUAAAAAAUUUGUUGAAAGUUUACCAAAGGUGUUAAAAGAAAAUGGAAGUAAAGAAGAAAUUGAGAAAUUAAAGAAAACUUUAGAAUCGAUUGGAGCUACUGUACAAUUAGAUUAA